AUGAAUAUACUAUAUUCGCAGGAGGAGGGAACAUCUAUCAAGAUGAUCAACAUAGCGGGAGUGAUCUCGAUCAUUCUGUUCUACGUGCUGAUCCUGGCAGUGGGCAUCUGGGCGGGGCGCAAGAAGCCAGCAGGCAAUGACUCCGAGGAGGAGGUCAUGCUGGCUGGCCGCUCCAUCGGCCUCUUCGUCGGCAUAUUUACCAUGACUGCUACGUGGGUGGGGGGCGGCUACAUCAACGGCACGGCGGAGGCUAUAUACACGUCGGGGCUGGUGUGGUGCCAGGCGCCCUUCGGGUACGCGCUGUCACUUGUCUUCGGCGGUAUAUUCUUCGCGAACCCGAUGCGCAAGCAGGGCUACGUGACCAUGCUGGACCCGCUGCAGGACUCCUUCGGCAGCCGCAUGGGGGGGCUGCUGUUCCUGCCCGCGCUCUGCGGGGAGGUCUUCUGGGCAGCCGGCAUACUUGCAGCUCUGGGUAGCGUGGGCGUUUUACUAUCUUCAUUUGUCAGUCCACGUCCCACGCGCACCGUCAGCUCAACCUUUGACAUUCAGGGCAUCUAG